AUAUUUAUAUUUAUUAUUAUUAAUAUUUAUUUACACACACACACAAAAUCUCAUCUCUGUAAUCUCCCCCCGCUCUCGUCUUCUCCAUCAACAACACUUGCAGGGUUCAGGAACACACUAUUUGAUAGGACAAUUACAAGCACACUACUCGGCGGCGGCGGCGGCGGCGAGUGCAGGAGGAGGACUAGGGUUCUGUUGAAGGAUUGCUCUGUUUUGGGGUUUAUACAUUUGUGCAUGAAGCCUGGUGAUUUCUACUUCUAGGGAACUUUGUUAAAUUCACCCGCCGUUGAGAUAUUGGGCGUCUUCUCGGCUUUCGAAGCUGUUGUUACUGCUGUUUCCGGCACUGAAAAGGUGGAGAAGUUUGGAUUGAUUGAAUUGAGAUUAGUAUUUUGAUAGAUAUUUUCCAGAGAGAGGAUAAAAAAACCCUAGUCACCACACCCUGUAUAGGGCGGCAACUCAGAUUCUUCGAUUUGAAUCGGUGUUUCUUGGAAUAUACGAUAUGGGGUUUUGAUGUUUUCUUGUCGGAUUUUGAGAAUCUGAGGUUUAGCGUAGAAGUCGGUGUAACUUUUGUCGAAGGAAAUUUAAUUUUGUUCGAGACGUGGCAAUAAUUGGGCAUUGACAACAAGGCAGUAGUUCUUCUUUCCAUUUAUUAGUUGUACAUGAUAAUGUUUAGCACUAGUUAUGGAAAGAAGUGAGCCCACGUUAGUGCCGGAAUGGUUGAGAAAUCCCGGAAGCUUGAAUGGUGGCGGAUCUGCAUCACAUUCAGAUGGUAAAAAUGCAUCGAAGCUUGUGAGAAACAAGUCAUUUGUGAAUAGUAACGGUAACGAUUUCGGAAGAUCUCUUAGUUCCGACAGAACCACCUCUUCAUAUUUUCGCCGAAGCUCUAGUAAUAACGGUUCUGGUAAUUCGAGGUCACAUACUAGUUUUGGUAGGAAGCAGCAUGAUACAUACGAUUCUCGUGAAAAGGACAAGUCAGUUUUGGGGAACCGUCGGAACUUUUCCGAUUCAUUUGGGAACAACACAUUGUCAAGCAAAUUCGAGAGGGAAGGGUUAAGACAUUCUCAGUCGAUUGAUUCAGCUAAACAUGCAGACACGUGGCAUAGGAAAGUUACAACCAACUCGGGUCGAAAUAAUACCGAUGGUUUACUUACCAAGAAUAGUCCAAUUGGAGAAGUGAACAAAAAAACUUUCAAGAGAGAUUUCCCUUCUUUAGGAACAGAAGAUAGAACAGUUAUUCCAUCGCCUGGCUUAAGUUCUCCAAUUCAGAGCUUACCUAGUUGUACCUCAAGCCUUAUCAAUGGUGAAAAGUGGACAUCGGCUUUGGCAGAGGUUCCUGUUUCAGUUGGAAGCCAUGGAAAUGGCAUCUUGUCUGUGCAAGAACUUGCUCCAUUAAGUUCUGCAUCUAUGGCAGAAGCUGUAGUUCAGGGUCCUAGUCGUGUUCAAACUGCUCCUCAGUUAUCGAUGGGAACACAGAGACUUGAAGAAUUGGCUAUUAAAAAAUCGAAACAACUGAUUCCUGUGACACCAUCCACGCCAAAAACUUUGGUUUUGAACUCCACGGAUAAACAUAAAACGAAAGCAAGCCAGCACAAUCAUCCCAUAUCAUCAUCACUACCUGUUAAUCAAUCUCCACGCGGUGGGCCCACAAAGGCUGAUUUUUCAAAGGCAUCAACAACUGUUGGAAAGCUCCAUGUACUGAAGCCAAUGCGAGAAAUCAACGGUGUUGUGAAGGAUAAUUCGAGUGCAAGUGGCAGUAGCAAAUUAACAAGUUCUUCUACGCCAGCUGCACCAACUAGGGGCCCACCAAACAACCACCUAGUACCUGACCACAAACCUGUAAUAACCGUACUUGAGAAGAGGCCCACUUCUCAAGCUCAAAGCCGAAACGAUUUCUUCAACACAGUGCGUAAGAAAUCUAUGGCAUUUCCAUCUCCAUCUUCUUCUUCGGAGAAGCUCUCUGAUUUGGUUGCUGCGGUGGAGCCUUACUACUGA